CAUACAGGAGAACACUCGGCAGAGCCAGAGGCCUGGGCCCAAGUCCUUUCACCAGCUGGCUGUGAAACUGUGGUACGGCACCUGUGUCCUGCCACCAGCUGGCUGUGAAACUAGUGCAGCACCUUGUCCUCAGGUCCUUGGUUUCCUCACUUGUAAAUUCAUGGUUCUCCACGGCAUCUCUGGUCUUCAACAUUAUUUUGCAUAGAGUCUCAGAAGCUUUAGUGUGAGCGGAUGAUAUGGGCAUGAAGCAAGGCACCCAGGAGUGGGGGCAACUACUCUGCUUUCUAAAAUGCAAGGGAACCGGAAAAUCCAGGAGCUGUGCCAAAUGAGAAGAUGAACAAAUGGAGGACCAUCCUAGUCAAGUGACAUUCCUAGUGACAUUCACCAGAACAGAGUCACGCUUUGGAUCCCAUGUUCUGUGACUUCCUCUUCACCACGCUUCCUCCACACAUGUAGCAGCUCAAGGGUUUCUGAUGAGUGGGGAAGUGACGUACUGCAAAGAACCACUCUUCCCCACGAGACUUCGAGAAGACCUGCUGUCACGGACUGAGUUGUGUCCUCCUAAAAUUCAGAUGUUGGAGUCCAAACCCCCAGUAACUCAUAGUGUGAACGUAUAUGAAGAGGUCUUUAAAGAGGUGAUGAAGGGAGAGAGACCCCUCGAGCUCAUCAAGCUCCUUCUGCGACUGAUCAGAGAUCCCAUCGUGAGUCCAGCUCCUGGUCCCGUGCUCCGAAUAUCGGUCCCCGGCAGCGUGCAGUCUUUAUUCCACCAGUGACUUCCCUCGCGCUGCUUCCAGAAGCCAAGAAAGUGGGCUUUGUCCUUGGGGAUUUAGGAGGCGGAGCGGCGCCCCCUUGAGGCCACAUGGUGGAGGCAGCGAUGAGGCCUGGAGUCUAAAAUUUAGAUUGAAUCACAGGAAGAAGCUAUUUACACAAGUCAAACAUGGUCCAAUGUUGGCAAUUUCAUAAGGUUCCAAUCCUUAAGGGAUCAAAGCCUGGCCACCUGCUUCCACUGAGAGGUGUGCCUUUCAAUGCCAGGCUUGGAGCGUCCCCCUUUAUUUAAAAAGAGGAAUCCACAGCAGAGCUUCUCAAACUCUUCCACCCGAAUCCCCUCACCACAGAGGGACAGGAGUCCUGGGCAUGUAGCCUAAAGCAGCCAGGAGAAAAACCUCGACCUUAAUUUUUUAAUGAUUUCACAUGAAUCAAUGGAAUGUGUUUAUGAUAAAAUCAUCUCCUCCUUAAAUAUAUGUGUAAAACUGCUGCCCCAGUUAAAUGCAUUUAGUCUAACCAAGCCCUAGGAUUGGCCUCUCCAGCGUGAGAAGCAUUACCAGCAGUCCAGCUCCCCAGGUCCCACUCUGGGAUCCCAUCUCCUCAGACCCUUCCCACUUCCUUGCACUCUGGCCUCUCGCUCUUGACCCUGCUCCCGCCACUCUUUCCUCAGACUACUCUCUCUCCUCAGAGUCCAUCAGUCCUGUCUUGUUUUCACCUUGGUCUCUGCCAAGUGUGGGUCCAAGUCACAUAUUUAGGCUGUGAUCACAGGAACCCCAAGCCCCAGACCUCCCAAAGCACCCUAUGGAGAGACCUUACCGUCCUGGACAGACCCUCUUCCCCCUAGCUAGACCUCACCCUCUGGGUAGACCCAUCUCCCCAACCAGAACUCACUCUCCUGAGUAGACCCCAUCCCCCCAGCUAGACUUCAUCCUCCUGGACAGAUCCCAUCCCCCGAGCUGGACCUCACCCUCUUGGGUAGGUGCAUCUCCCCAACCAGAACUCUCCUGGAUAGACCCCUUCUCCCCAGCUAGACCUGAUCCUCUGGAUAGACCCCAUCCUCCCAGCUAGACUUUGCCCUCCUGGACUGACCCCGUCCUCCCCAGCCAGACCUCACCCCUCUGGGUAGACCCCAUCCCCCCAACUAGACCUCACCUUCCUGGAUGGACUCUACCCUCCUGGAGAUACCUUCCCCUCUUGGGUAGAUCCCAUGUGGCUACACACUCCUCCCCCAUCAGCUUUCUCCCCCAGGGUUCUGGGCAGCAGAGUCUGAUAAAGGAUACUAAGUGAUUCCCCAAUACUUCCCGUUUCCAGCCUCCAGUGGGCUCUCCCUGGGGCUAACAGUUUUUGCUCACUAUUUCUCCAGGCUUUGCCUGAUAAGUAUAUUCUGAGAGUGUCCUAAUGAUACAGAUUUUGGACCCCAUCCCAGUGCUACUGAAUCCAAGUCUGGGGGAGGAGUUGGGGCUCUGCAUCUGGACACUUCCUGCAGGGCCCCUCCUGAGAGGCAAGCCCGGGGAGCACUGCCGAGGCUCGCCUCAGUGCCCAUCCUAGACCUUCAGCAACCAGCAGAGGAUGUCCUCGCCAUCCCUCAGCCCAGACUCCCAUUGUCACCCCAGCCGGGCUUGGCACUGCCUCCUUUCUCAGUCAGAAGAUUAAGGCCAUCUGCUCUGUUUCCCACCCUCCACCCUAAAAAUUUCUCCGUUUCCCAGUCUUUCCUCGUCUCUUAGAAAAUACCUUCCCAGGCUGCUUCCCCGGUGGGUCUGGACUCCUCCUUGCUAUCUUCCCAGCACCCUGCCCUUCCAGCCCGCCCUCUGUGUCCAGUGUUUCCCUCACCAAAGGACUUGUUUUUCAAAUUGGAGAUUUUGUCUUCUCCCUAAAAACCAAAACAUCUCCCUGAGAAGUAACUCCCUCAAGCUACUGAUACAGAAUGGGGGCGGGGAAGUGCUGGGAAGGGAAGGGUGUGGUCCCUGGCUAGGGCUCCACCCCGGGGCCUGUGCCCACAGACCUAGGUGAGGACAGGCAUUUUUGUUUUCGUGUCUAGAUGUUGCAUUUCCCAAGACUACCUUGGCUUACCACACCCUCAUCCUGUGCCUGUAGAAAACCUAAGAGCCUAGCAGGCACGCACACAAGCCUCUGGACGUCAAGAGGAACACACCGGUGUAAGAGCAGACUGAUAGCGGCCCACGGCAGGCCAUCCACAGGCAGAACCACUCGGUGCAGCUAGAGGACAGCCUGGCCACUGAGCGGUCCGACUUCAGAGGGGAAAACCACCUCCCCACUCCAUCUCCCUUCUGGCUCCCGCAUCUUCUGAGAGCUACUUCCACUCAAUAAAACCUUGCACUCAUUCUCCAA